AGAAAAAUGAGUCCAAAAGAAGGAAAUUAAACUUUAGUGACAACAUAUUGAGUUCACUGUGAAAGGGACUCAAAUUACUGGCACUGUGAAUUGGCAAUGGCUUCUUUGUUCAGCUGCUUCUUGGGGUUGUGCUUCUUGCUGUUAUUGUUGUACUUCAGCCAAAUUUCAAGAGCAGAAGAGUCUUCAAAGAGUAUAAUUCUUGAAGAAGGGACACUUUACAUUGAUGGGUGGGCAGCCAUUGCAAAGACUGAUGAGGACUUCAUUUGUGCCACCUUAGAUUGGUGGCCUUGUAAUAAAUGUGACUAUGGUACUUGUAGCUGGGGAAAUGCUUCUCUCCUUAAUCUUGAUCUAAGCAACAAGGUAUUGUUGAAUGCAAUCAGAGCAUUUACUCCAUUAAAAAUUAGACUUGGAGGCACAUUGCAGGACAAAAUAACAUACCAAAUGGCGCAUUAUGAGCAACCAUGUACUCCUUUUCUCCGUAAUAAUACAGAGAUGUUUGGCUUCACUCAAGGUUGCUUACCUUUGUCUCGUUGGGAUGAACUCAACGAAUUCUUCGAGAAAACGGGGGCAAAAGUAACUUUUGGAUUGAAUGCUUUAAAUGGAAGGACAAUAGGUCCUGAUGGCUCUGCUUUGGAAGAUUGGGAUUCCAGCAAUGCAGAGUCUUUCCUCAGAUAUACAGUUAGCAGAGGUUAUUCUAUCCACGGCUGGGAGCUUGGAAAUGAAUUGAAUGGCAACGGAAUUGGUGCAGCUAUUUCAGCGGAUCAAUACAGCCGUGAUGUUAUCGCUCUUCACAAAUUAUUACAAGAUAUAUAUAAAGGGAAGGAUGUAAUACCAUUAAUCCUUGCACCAGGAGGAAUAUUUGAUGCUGUUUGGUUUGCAAAAUUCAUAGAUAAAGCAUCCAAUUCUCUUCAAGUAGUUACACAUCACAUUUACAAUGUUGGUGCAGGCAAUGACAGCAACCUAGUUCAGAAAAUACUUGAUCCUUCUCAUCUGGAUGAAGAAUCCAACAUAUUCCGAAAUCUUCAAGGCAUUCUCCGAAGUUAUGGAACCUCAGCAGUAGCAUGGGUUGGUGAAAGUGGAGGGGUUUUUAACAGCGGUCACAAUCUUGUUUCCAAUAGCUUCGUGUCCAGCUUUUGGUUCUUGGAUCAGCUUGGGAUGUCAGCCACGUUCGACACUAAGACAUAUUGUCGACAAACAUUGGUUGGUGGAAACUACGGUCUCCUCAAUACCACAACGUUUCAUCCAAAUCCUGAUUAUUAUGGUGCUCUUCUUUGGCAUCGUUUGAUGGGAAGGAAUGUUCUAUCGACACACUUCCGAGGAACAAAAAAGCUACGAACUUAUGCCCACUGUUCACAAUCUUCUGACGGAAUCACACUGUUGUUGAUCAACAUGCACGGUGGUACAACAGUUAAUGUUGGUCUAUCGGUCAGAAACAAGGCGCCAAUGCUGCUGCAAAUCAUAAACGAUCAGAAUCCGAGACACGGAAUUCAGAGGGAAGAAUAUCACCUUACAGCCAAAGAUGGUGAAUUACAUAGCCAAACAGUGAUUUUGAAUGGAAAGGAACUUAAUGUAGAUCAUUUUGGAAGAAUCCCUCUCUUGGAACCUAUACGACCGAAUCCCUCCGACCCAAUUUCCAUUGCUCCUUUGUCAAUUGUAUUUGUUCACAUCCCAACUAUUCAAGUGCCUGCUUGCAGUAUGUUUACCAGAGACAACAUGUAAGGAUUGUUUCCCCUCUUUGAUCAUGAAUUGACUUGAGUUAUAAAUACGUGUUAACGACUAGUUAGAGCAUGUUUAACUGAACUCCCAAAAUCUGCUUAUUUUGAGAAGCACUUUAGUCA